AAAAGCAAUACUUUAUCUGCGCAUUUUGGUAUAUUUCUGUCGGUUCACGUGUCGGUUUAUUGACAGAGGGGACAUAACUUGUCUGUUACUCCACCAGUGAAACAUCAACUCCACCCAGCAUCUUUCUCAAAAAUCCAUUUUGGUGGAUUAUGAUUGAUCUCCAUCUUCAACCACUUUCACCACCAAACUCAAUCACUCUUCUUCUUCAUUGUCCUUCUUCACCAAAAAAAAGCCUUCAUUGUCCUUCUCUCUCCUAUCUGCUUAAGCUCUUGGCCAUGAGAACCCUCCUCGGAUUCUACAUCCUCUGUCUCUUACUCGGACAAGAUCUUCCCUUCUUACUUGCAGAUGACGUCACCCAAAACCUCUGUUUCUCAACUCGUUUAUCUGACUUCCUCCCACCUCCGUACAGCAACAUCUCCGACUCCAUGCCGUGUACACCUCUCUGGAACACAUUCGUCUUAAGGUACUCUGAAAACAGAGACAAUGUAAUGACAAUCAUAGUCUCGGCUUUGUAUACAACCGGGUGGGUUGGAGUUGGAUUCUCUAAAGACGGGAGGAUGGUGGGAUCGAGUGCGAUGGUGGGGUGGAUUACGAAGAAGGGUCAUGCUAAAAUAAAGCAAUACUAUCUUCAAGGAACAGAGAGAGACCAAGUUGUGCCGGAUCAAGGAGAGUUACAGUUGCAGAAAGUUCCUCCUGUGGUGGCUCUUCAUGGAGCAAUGAUUUACUUGGCUUUUCAGGUUAAGUUUAGUGUUAAAUUGCCUCGUAGAGCAGUGAUUCUUGCGUUUAGUACAGCUUAUCCUUCGAAGCUUGGGCGUUUGAGUAAGCAUGAUGAUAAAACUACUGUCAUCGUCGAUUUCUCUAAAGCAAAUGGAGUAACAACGUCUAUAGAAACGCCAGCAUCUACGGAGAAGACAAAACAUGGAGUAAUGGCGAUACUCGGAUGGGGUUUCUUACUUCCUCUAGGGGCAUUCCUGGCAAGAUAUCUCAGACAUAGAGACCCUCUUUGGUAUUAUCUUCACAUCGGUAUUCAGUUCACUGGAUUUAUCUUCGGUUUAGCCGCUGUUAUUCUCGGGAUUCGGCUUUACAAUAGGAUACAACCAGAUAUACCUGCACAUCGAGGCAUUGGGAUCUUUCUUCUAAUCCUCAGCAUUCUUCAGGUUUUGGCUUUCUUUGCACGGCCGCAUAAGGAGACAAAGAUGAGGAGAUAUUGGAAUUGGUAUCAUCAUUGGAUUGGGAGAAUCUCUUUGUUCUUUGGAGCAGUGAACAUUCUUCUUGGGAUUCGAAUGGCGAAUAGUGGGGAAGAUGGAUGGAAAAUUGGAUAUGGGUUUGUUUUGGCAGUGACAUUACUUGCUUUUCUUGUUCUUGAAAUAUUCAGGAUUCGUGGCUCUAUUGGUUCACCUUCUUCUCACACACCUCCUCCUUUUGAGACACAUCCAAGUUCUACUAGUAGUAGUGUCUGAUUCAAUAUCAUUUGUCUUUUGUCAUUCCUUUGUUUAUGUACAUACUUUUUUUUUGGAUUUUUGUUGGGUGAAGUAAUUUUGUUGAGUGAAAUUUGUGUUAGGCUAGCCUGGUGGAAUUUUUUUUUAUUUUGUUGAGUGAAGUAAGGUUUGUCAUUUUUUUUUAAUCUCUUUUUGUUGUCAUUUUGACUUGUAAAGUGGAGUUUUCAAGGUUGCUCUUCAUAUUUUGAUUUUUUUUUGGAUUCUUCAAAAAUGUACAAAACUAAUCUGAGAGAUUAUAUUGAACUUUUC